GGGGCGGGGCUUUCAGGGGCAGAGCGGCCCGGGGGCGGGGCGGAGCAGCCCCCCAGAGGCCGCUGGCGCGCGGGCACCUCAGGAGGAAGCUGGUGAGCAAGCGGCCCGGGGGUUUGCGUUCGGUGGCUUGGCCUCAGCGUACACACUGCCCACUCCUCCGGCCGCGGCAUCUUCGUGGUGUUAAGGAUUUAACCCAGGUGUUAAGGAUUUAACCCCACAGACAUGCUAAGUACCACUGAACCACUGAGCUACAUGUAGCCCACGGUGCUUAAUGACAGUCUUCCUGAGUGUGGGUGGGAACACUGUACUCAUGGAAGACUGACCUAGGGGUGCCCAGCUCAGUGCCUGGCAAGUCUACAAGGAGGAAAACUGCAGACCUGACUCGCUUGCUGCCGUGGAAGGCAAACAAAGGAACCCUGGCUGAGAGCCAGCAAGGUUGUCUCCCCAGACCCUGCGUGCCAGAAGUGGUUGGAGCUCCACAGUGCUGCCUGUGCCAUGGACUCUGAGGUCAGCAACGGCUCAGGCCUGGAAGCUGAGCACCUCACAGACCUGCUUGUGUUUGGCUUCCUCCAAAGCUACUCUGACUAUAGUUUCUACCAAGAGCUGGAGGCACUGGGCCAGAAACUGCCCGUGCGAGUUUACCUGCAGGACCAGGACGAUGAGCUGCAGACUGAUGGGAACCGGGCCAGCCGCUACUUCUCCCAGGAAAGAAUAGAGCCAGAUUCUGAAAGUCAGGAAGAAAUCAUCCAGAACAUUGCCAGGCAUCUCGCUCAAGUAGGGGAUGAGAUGGACCACAGCAUCCAUCCGACACUGGUGAGACACCUGGCUGCACAGUUCAUGAACAGGAACCUGUCAGAGGAAGACAGAAGGAACUGCCUGGCAACAGCCCUAGAGGAGAUAAGGAAGACCUACCCUAAAGACAUGGAGACUGAGAAGGCUGCACUGAUAAUGACCAUGCUAUUGGCCAAAAAAGUGGCUGAUUUCAGGCCAUCCUUGCUCCAUGAUGUCUUUCGCACAACAGUGAACUUUAUUAACCAGAACCUAUUCACCUAUGUGAGGAACUUAGUCAGAAAUGGUCUCACUAUGCCUGAAACUUGCAACGUAGAUAAGAUUGGCCUUGAACUCACAGAGAUCUGCUUGACUCUGCCUCCCAGAUGCCAGGAUUACAGGGCAUGAACUGAAGGAUGGACUUCAGAUGCCUUGCAGAAGCAUGACUGGCUGAAACUGGAUAUGGCAACAGAGUAGCUGCCUCCAAAGCGGGAAUCAUGGCUGUGUAAACAGAUACUGGAGAGAAGACAAGACCCAGAUAAUAGCUAUUUCUCCCUGUUUUCAGGAUGGUUUGGGGGAUUUUUUUUUUUAAAUCUUUUUGAGACAGGUCUCCCUGUAGCCCCAGCUGACCUGAAACUUGCUAUACAGACCAGGCUGGCCUUGAACUCACAGAGAUCCAUUUGCCUCUGCCUCCUUAGUGCUAGGAUUAAAGACAUGUGCCACUACACCUGGCUUCAGGAUGAUGUUUUAAGCUGGUGACCCAAUUUAAAUACCUACAUUGAGAUAGUCUAAUGAAAAUAUCAACUUGCAUGUAUUUGAAGGGCUUUUAUGUCAUUUCUAAGAUGUACCUUCACCUUAUUUUAGCUAUACAGGUUCCUACUUGAAAAGUAAGCUUAAAAGCAGACUGUGAGGCAGAAAAAAAAAAUUAAUUUCUCAGCAGUUACUGUUGAUUAGACACCAACUUUGGUGUGUGGUCUCCACAGCAGGCAGUCUAAGGAGGACAAGGCUGGAAGAUGUCUACCCAGUAUAGGGAAUGUCUUAGUACUCAGGCCACAGCCUUGUGUAAAAACCAAAUAGUAAAGAAGCUCAGGACUGUGGUCUUGUUUUCAAACCCCAGGAAUGCUGACCCCAAUAUAUAGGAAUUUAGCUUUUUCAGUUUGAUUUGUUUGUUGUAUUUUUUUAGAUAGGGUCUAAUGUAGCCAAGGCUAUGUCUCACAUUUACUGUGUAGCCAAAGCUGGCCUUGAAUUCAUAAUUUUCCUACCACCAUCCAGCCUGUGUAUAUGGUGGUAGGGUUUGAUCCCAGGGCCUUGUACAAGUUAAGUAAGUGCUUUUUAUCACUGAGCUAUGUCCCCAAUCCUUGGGUGCUUUGUAUCUUGAGAAGAAUCACAGGAUUAAAGGUGUGAUGGUAUUAUAAGUUCCCCUGUCAUCUGCUGCCUCCACCUCUGUAAGGCUUUGAUAAAAACUCUUCAGCUUUUGGACUUCAGGAGCUGCUACGUAUAGCCACUGAUAGCCUUGUGUUUUCAGUUUCCAGUCAGACCUCAUCUGUGCCUGGAGGCUUCAUCUGAAGGACACAGGCAGCAAGAUGAAAGUGCAGUUAGACUUCCAGGUUGAGCGGCCAGGGCUAGGGAGUAGCCCAGGGAUAGAGUGUCUGCUUAGCCCGGCUUUCACCCAGCACCACAAACAACAAACCAGCAGUUGAAGGGACGGAGCCAAAAUACAAGUGACUACAAAUCCAACUUACUUUAGGCAGGGCCAAAAUCAAUAAGACUUCUGUUUGAAGACCCCACCACACUGGCCCUUCCCACCUAGAAGCCUCAGGACUCAGUUCCUAACUCCAGCCAUAGAGCCCCAGCUCAUGUGCCCCUCCAACAGUGAAGUGCCUAUUAGAUAAACAUCACUUCUUGCUACUUGAUCUGUUUUUCUGUUCCUUAAUAGUUUAAAUUCAUCAGAAAAGUACACAUCAAAAUAGGACUGGGCCACAAUGUGAUGUGGACCAAAGAUUGAGUGCUAAAGGCAUAUCUGUGGCCUGUGUUGUGUGUGAAGGCCUCCAUUUUGAAACAGCCUUCCAGUAAUGCUAUUGCUUCAAGUGUUUAGGAGUGAACAUUUUUCCUCGAGCUUUCUAUCCCAGUGGGAACAAAAAGAAUCAUGCACACAUAUUCAUGUGUGGUCUUUUCACUCAAGUUUUUGCUAGGGGAUGUAUUUACAAAAGGAACUGAAAUACCAUAGUCAACCUAAAUGAACAGAAGAGACAGCUGCAGUCCCAGACUCUCAUGCUUCUAAUUAUUAGCAGUGUCUUCACUGCACUUAAUACAGUACACCACUGUCUUAAUAAAGUUCACUCAGGUUGUUUUCCAGGUUAAGUCUCAUUUUUGGAUUUUUGAGACAGGGUCUCCCUAUAGCCCCAGCUGGCCUGGAACUCACGCCUUGGGAUUAAAGGCAUGUGCCACCAUGCACAGCUGAUAUGCUUUGUGGAUUAGAAAGCAAAAGUCUCACCCUCUCUCCUCAAGCUAACAUUAUAAAAGGAUUCCACAUACCAAAAACAAAUGUUCCAUACUUUCUCAGUCCUGGACUUAGAGGCAUGAGCCACCACACCCCGCUAACUUCCAAUCAUGAACACUUCCCAGCCAUGAUAGCCAUGGCGAUUUGGGUGCUGUGGAAGUUGGUGGAUCUCGCUCUAGUAACAUGAUUUUUGUGGGUAUAAUUAAGAGGUGAUACUAAUUCAGGGAAUAUUUCUCAUUUUGUUUAGAAAAUAUGUGAAUUGUUUUAAGUGAAAUUUGUUUCAUAAAAAUAAAAAGCUUUCUUUUAUA